GUUCACUUCUCUUUCUCUCUCUCUCUCUCGCUCUCUGUUCGGCCGCCGUCGAUGGCCGCCUCCGGCGCCGCCAAGACCUUCAUGCAGUCUCUGAAGCGGUUCUUCAAGAAGCCAUGGGAGAUCACUGGUCCCUGCGCUGGUCCUGAGUACCGCGAUGCUAUACCGAUGGCACUCGAGUACCGCCGUUUCUGCCCCGCCACCGCGCCGGUGAAAGCCAUAAUCCCCACAUCUGACCCUGAGACUGUCUAUGAUAUCAAGUAUUAUACUCGUGAUCGACGCCGUGAUCGUCCCCCUGUUCGAAGGACCGUGCUCCGUAAAGCUGAUGUGGAGAAGAUGAUGGCCGAGAAGACUUUCGAUCUUGGGGAUUUCCCUAGGGUUUAUUUGACCGCCAAGGUGGAGGAGGAUGAAAAUGCCUGCGGUGGUGGUUACCAGAAAUAGGCCAUGGAACUCCUCGGCUUCACUACUUUAAGGAAGCGCAAUGUUUUUCCAUGUACUCUUGUUUUUCGUAUAUGAGACAUUACUUCUAUUUGACUCAAGUCGUAUGACAAUAAGCUUAUCGAAUUCGUAUUGUUCAUCCUGGCAACUGAUUCAACUAUUUUAAUCAUUGGAUUUUCUGAUUGGAAUUCCAAUCUCUCUCAA